AAAAGUUAUAUUCUCAUGAAGAACAAUCGUCUAUUCAGCAGAUGGAUGUUUCUAUAAAAAAUGAUGAUUUACAUUCAAGAACAACUACGGAAUCUUCGGGAAUAGAUACGAUUGCUACAAGUAGUUGUUAUGUCGCUUCUGAAAAUGAAUCUCGUAAGAAAAACAGAAGUAUUAAGAGAACACUUAUUUACAAUGACGAACGUUGUAACACUGAAUCAGAUUCUGAUCACAAUGUGCAGCAGAAAACUGCAUCGACAAAAAAUGAUUCGUUGGAAAGUGGAUUGGAUCAAAUAGAAAGUGAUAACAUGCAAGGUAUUGAUUCCAUCGAUGAGAGUUGUGAAGAAGACAUGCAAAGUAAUAUAUGUCUUAUAGAUCACAAUAAUGAAGAAAAAGAUCGUUCCAAGGAGAAUGUUUGUAAUGAAGAAGUAAGUCAGUUAUUAUUGCAAAACGAAUCGUCAGGUAUUUGUAAUGUUAAUAUGACCAACGAGAACAGAAUAGCAUCUCCAGAAUUUAGUUCAAAUAUUUCUCGAAAUGCUAACAAAGUAGUUACACCUGAAAACAAUAUAAAUAUGUUAAAGCAUGUAUUGACCGAAUCGAUUAAGAAAUCGCACAAGAAGAUGAAACAUGGAAAUAGAAAGAUGUUGUUUAAAACCCCCAUCAAAGAUCCUCAUCAAAAAAUGGAAUUAACAAAAUCUGAAAUAUCACUCGAGGGUGUUUGUAAUAUUGAUCAAGAUAUUGAAAGUCAAACACCCGAUGCGAUUCAUGUCCCAAGCCCACAGAAUUCCGAGCUUGAUCGACCGAGCACACCCGAAAAUAUAAAUUCAAGUAGACUCUUAUUGCUUGGUUUUCAUUCAGUUAAAAAGUCACAUAAGAAAGACAAACGUAGCAAAAGAACUUCCAAUUUUGUUGAAUGCCAUGAUUACGAAUAUAAGGAAGGUAAUCCAUUACCACAUAAAUAUGAAGAGGAAAUUUGCAGCACCUUACUUAAGAAUAAGUCUUUUGGAUUAAAAGAAUCUCCUGACAUAUCGCCUAAAGAGAACUCAGUAAGAGCAUUGCAAAGUAGUACACCCAAAAGUGCUUUCGUGUCUUUAGGAUGUAAAGAUAUAAACGAUGAAUUUAAGAUUUUUACUCCCAUUAAAAAACGACGAAUACCGGUUAACAUUACGAAUUAUGUUUCUGCGCCCGAUACAUCACAAGAAGAAGAUGAAUGUGCACAAGCAACAUCGAAGGAAAUUGAUUGUUCGAGAUGUGUAACGCCAGUAGCACGUUUCAAAUUGAGGAAACACUUACAGGAAGAUCUUACAUCGGAACACAAUAACGCUGAAAAAUUUGAGACUGAUAUAAACGUUUUGAAAGUAACGGAUACUACAAAUCCAAAAGACAAGAAUGGUAGAUCAACUCCAAUAAAUAUGUCAACGACAGAGUUACUUUGUAACAUAGACUCGAUUAAAAAAUCACAUAAGAAAGACAAGCAUAACCAUAGCAAGAAGCUAAUUUUAAAGAAAAAACGAUCAUAUAUCAAAAAGAAUGAGCAUAUCAAUUUUGGAAAUAAUGAUAAGAUGUUGGAAAAACCUAUCAGUUGGUCUUUGAAGCAUCAUAUCAAUAAAAAUUAUGCCGAAAAAGAGAUGUGUAUUAUUAUGCACGAAAAGGAGAAGGACAAAAGUUAUAAAGAGAUUGCUUAUGACGAUCCCGACAAUCCUCAACCGUCUACAAGUCGAGGAGCAGAUAAUAUGAAAAAUGUAAAAAAUACCACAAAAUCCAAGUUUCUGGAUACAACUCCGCCAAAUAGCUUAAGCGCAAUGAAUUUAAUGAAAUUGGUGCAAACGACUUCCAUUAAAAAGUCCCAUAAAAAGGAACGCGACAUUAACGCACAAACCAAAAUGCGUUACGUGGCCGCUUACAUGCUGGCAGUUUUGGGAGGCAAGGCCUCGCCAAGCCAGAAUGACAUUGAAAAAAUUCUGUCGUCAGUGGGAAUUGAAACUGAUGCUGAGAAACUGAAAAAGGUCAUUAAUGAAUUGAACGGUAAAUCAAUGGACGAAUUGAUUGCCAAAGGCAGAGAGAAACUAUCGUCCAUGCCUGUUGGUGGAGCAGUCCCCGCUGGUGCUCCUGCAGCCCCUGCUGGUGGCGCUGCAGCUCCAGCUGAAGAGAAGAAAGAAGAAAAGAAGCCAGCUAAAGAAGAAUCUGAAUCAGAGGACGACGAUAUGGGCUUUGGCUUGUUUGACUAAAGAUGCUUCUUUUUUUUUUUAUUUUGUCACCGGAGAAUGAAACACGCAGCAUUUCUGUGGCAGUGGUAUGAGCGAUUUCCAGUUUAACUUUCAUAGGCGUUAAGAAUCGAUAGCUGAUACUUCUGUUGGAGAAUAAAGCGUACUUUUAACCGAA